AUGAGAACCAACUUCUUUCUCAGGGGCGACGUCCUUACCAACUCGCCCCGGCGCAGCGAAGAAAUUCAGCGCGUUCUGUGCAACAUUGGGAAAAUCAAGAACAACGUAGACACUUCUUUCGGCGAGCAUCAGUGGGCGGUCGUCAUCUUCAACGGCCUCCAUACUUCGAGGACUCGUCAACGUCACUCGACAGUUUUUGGGUUCGUCCAGGGGGGCGAACGCUUCUACUUCCAGUGCUGGGCGGCCCACAUCUUUGAAGAUGGACGUACGGAGAUGUUCUCCGAUUACGACCGCGAGCUCGAUCUUGAAGACUUGACACCUAUUACCUUCGUCGCCCGCAACGGUUCCGUCGCGCACACCGUCAUCUACGAAACGGAUGGAUGGUAUACGAUGGAGUAG